GCGCGUCCUCCCGCCCCGCCCACCGUCGCUAUAAAGGGAAAGCGGGCUGCGCGCUCUCCAAGCUCCGUCCCGCGUCUUGGAUCCGCUUCUCCCUCUGCAACCGUCAGGUCGUUCGUGAGACCCCAGCAGCCAAAAUGGUGAAGCAGAUUGAAAGCAAGUAUGCUUUUCAGGAAGCCUUGAACAGUGCAGGAGAGAAACUCGUAGUAGUCGACUUCUCGGCCACGUGGUGUGGGCCUUGCAAAAUGAUCAAGCCUUUCUUUCAUUCUCUCUCUGAAAAGUAUUCCAACGUGGUAUUCCUCGAAGUAGAUGUGGAUGACUGUCAGGAUGUUGCUUCAGAGUGUGAAGUCAAAUGCAUGCCAACCUUCCAGUUUUUUAAAAAGGGACAGAAGGUGGGUGAAUUUUCUGGAGCUAAUAAGGAAAAACUUGAAGCCACCAUUAAUGAAUUAAUCUAAUCAUGUUUUCUGAAGACAUGAGCAGCCAUUGGCUGUUUAAAACUUGUAAUUUUUUUUUUAUUUACACAAAGGAAAGAUCAAGUAUGAAGACUAUAUACCUAACUGCCAUCUGAUGACAAUAAAAUAUUAACUGUACCCUUUUUAAAACUGUCUGGUGUCUUUGCAUAGUUUUCAAAAUAAAUGAAAACUGGCCAUUUGAUGAUA